AUGAGCCUCAAAGUCAAUACACAGAACGAGUUCAUGAGGUUCAUCACGAUUCCCUUCAGAGCCCUGGGCAAAGCGAAGGAUCUUUACGUUAAGAGCUUGACGAGUUGCGCCGCAAGCGUCAGCUUCAGCCAAGGCGGCGGCGAUUACGCGGGACAAUACCCGGGUUUUCCGAGGAGCUUCAGUGCGAGCUCGGCGGCAUCUAGGCGUGAUGACGAAGAUCUUAAGGAUCUCAUUAGAGCUGCGUCGAUUAGGAGCUUGGGUCAUAAGAACGAAGUGGAGAUGUUCUUGCAAGAACAAUUGAAGCAGAUGAGAGCCGCGAAAGGGUUGCCCAAGAGUUCCAGUGUUGGGAUGGGAAAAAUCGAUGAAGAUCAACCUUUUGAAUUCGAAGAAAAGAACGAAGUUCAUCGUGUUGAUAAUAAUAAUAAGAAGAAACAAGAUUCGUUGUUUACCAGAAGUAAAACCUACGCCGUCACCAAAAGGAGUAGCGUUGCUUUUGAUUCUUACUGA